AAAGAAGGGGAGAUGGAUUCUGGGAAGCCUGGAAUACAGAUGUUGGAGACAGGUGGGUCCUAGUGAGAAGGGUGCAGGAGCCCAUGGGUGCGGUUCUGUGGCCUCCUGGGCCCUUGCCACGAAUAGGUGAGCAGGCAUCCUGCGGACCUAACCAUCCCUCCCCUUCCAGUGUCUACUGGGACUAUGCCAUGACCAUCCGCCUAGAGGAGAUUGUGUACCUGCACUGCCAUCAGCAAGUGGACAGCGGCGGGACAGUGGUGCUGGUCAGCCAGGACGGGAUCCAGAGGCCGCCCUUCCGCUUCCCCAAGGGAGGGCACCUCCUGCAGUUCCUCUCGUGCCUGGAAAAUGGGCUGCUCCCUCAUGGGCAGCUGGACCCUCCACUCUGGUCUCAGCGGGGAAAGGGCAAAGUAUUUCCCAAACUGCGCAAGCGAAGCCCUCAGGGUUCCGCCGAGUCCACGUCCUCAGACAAGGAAGACGACGAGGCCACAGAUUACGUGUUCAGGAUCAUCUACCCCGGCAUGAGGUCUGAAUUCGGUAAGCUGCCCCAUCUCUGGGCCCCCUGGAUCCAGCUGUUAGCCGAUCAUGAAAAUGAUUCCAGGUGUUUGGAACUAGAGGACAAGUGGUCUGGACUCUGGGGCCAGCAAGGGGACCAGAAACCAGGAAGUUAGUAUCUCGGCUUCCCCCCAAAUGAGAACUGUGAGCUACUUAGCUUCAUAAAGACACACCUGACCAGGAGGUGGCCUGGGCUAGUGGCCGUGGGCUCUGGAAUCCUGGUUGACCUGGGGCAAGUCACUACACCCUCCGUGUCUUGGUUUCCCCAUCUGCAAAAUGGGGAUAUUCACAGCACCUGUGUCAUAGGGCCCUUGUGGGGAUUAAACAAGAUAAGGCUCUUGGCACAGAACACGUACAUUUUAGCUGCUGUUACACUGUUUUGCUUUUACCUGUCUCUGUUGUCAGGAUUCAACGAGGUAAAGAGGUGAUCAAUGUAAAGUCUGUAGAAUAAAGUCCCGCACACAGCAGGCCCUUAAUGAAUGACAGUGGAACCAACAGAGGGCAAGCAAAGCCCUGGGAGCACACGAGACGCUAAUGUAUGUCCAACGCUUUGCUCAGCGGCUGCCCUGGUGUAGACGCUUGGUGAACGCAGACCAUUACUAUCAAGGUCAUC